AUGUGGGCCCCGCACGUCCUGGCGACGGGCGACCUCCUCUGUCCGUUCUGCACCGUUCAAACUCCCCUCAAGCCCUUUCUUUGCGUUGAUGGUGAAUACGAAGGUCGAGUCGGGAUCAAGUGCUAUAAGCCGCACAAGAUACCGCGGGCGACUUGUCACUAUCCUUCAGGUGUAGCUCCUCCUGCCGAGGUACUUGCACGCGCUAUUACCAACCCCAAGACCACCUCCCCGUUUCCCUCUCCCUCCUCCAGCACACAAGCUUUGGCGACAUCUCCCAGUCCAUCUCAGUCAGCUGUUCCUCUGCCGGAUGAUACUCUCCGGCUGUCUACCUCGGCGACGUUGGCUCCCUUUCCCAUGUUGGCUACUCCCCCCUCGUCGAUGCCACCUCUUCCGACAGCAACUGCUCCUCCCAUAAAGAAGUCCCGGCGCGCCCGCGCGUCUGACUUCGUGCCGAAGCUCAGCAGCAAGGUGCUGUGCACGCAUCCGGCCGGAUGCAGCUCUCGCCAACCAACCGCCGCGUAUACAUGCGAGCGGAAUAUGUGCGCGAAGCACUGCGGUGCUGAAGGAGGGUGCAACACGGCUCGUCACCCGGAUUGUCGCAAGCACAUCAGUCUGGGUCCGGCCCUCGUCUCUAACGACCUAAUCAACCCCACACUUCUUACCGUCGACUCCUCGCAGCAUGUAGCCUCCGACAAAGGCAAGCAGAAGGCCGUCAACCCAGACAUAGUGCUCCUGACUUCGUCAACUGCUCCCCCGCCCCCGUCUGCUAUUGCAUCUUCGUCAGCUGUUCCAAACUCCAACCCACUGACCCCACUACCAGGCACACGCCAUACAAGGCACCUCAAGGCAGCGUGGAAUGGCCAGUAUGCAGUUGACAAGGAUGCAAUGGCUCGCAACAUCAGCGGCGAGCACGAGCGGAAGGCUCGCAUCAAGGAUGACGGCAAGACGCUUCGAGUGUUCAUUUAUAAGACGGCACUCCCGCUGCGUGCAGGGUUUCUCGACAACGACACCUGCGUCGACAAGUGGGACCGCGAGCUUAGGGCAUGGGCAUCUUGGGACGUCAACACCAGCUACCCAGUCCGUGACCGGGACACGCUAGUCUUCAAGCUCGCCGACAUCGAGCAUGUGGACUGCCCCCGUCUCCACGAGUUCACUAGCUCGCAGGUGCAGCGUCCGGCGCACCUUCUCAACGACCAGUCAGUCGUGUUGAUGCGCAAGUGUGCGCCGCCUUCGCCCUCGUUAUCUGGCUCCUCUUCGUCACCUCCGCCGUUCUCGCCUGACCCACCGUUCAAAUGCGACAGGCCCGAGUCAAAACGGCGCAGGAUCAACCAUGAUCCACCUUCUCCCUCGUCGACAGCGACAGCUACACCCUCCAAGCGGCCACUUCUGCUAGCAAAGGCCAGAUCUCUGGCUGGCUUCCCCCGUCCCAUGCUACCUAUCUCCCUCAAGACAGUUGUUCCCCCGCCAUCUCCACUACCACCAUCGCCUAUACGACCUGCACUUGCGGCUGUUGAUCCUGACGGCCCACUUCUGUGGCCUCGUGACUGGCAUGCCUGCGAUGUCAUCGAGGGAUUGCUCAUGAUGCGCAAUCCCUCACUGAGCCACAUGGGCGUCGCGAAGGCCUUCGAGCACGUCUUCGGUGAGGAUUAUCAUAAGUCCACAGCAUACGACGCGUGUAAGCGCUGGGAGAGGUUUGGCGGUCUCGACCCUCACCCUCGGGACGUGCUCUACACAGCUAGGAACACCGACGAGGGCAAAUGGACAGAGGUCAGUGGGGAGGUCAAGCUCAGAAAACGCGGGAAGAAGACGACUAGCUCUCGACUGGCUGAGGCCAUCGACCGUGCCCUUGCCUCAGCGCCGUAUGCCAGCGGAUCGUUGAUCCCUGAUCCAUCAGACCCCCCUGUGGUCAUCAAAACCGAGCCGGUUGAGAUUCAGCUAACCUGGGACGUCGAUUACCCGUUGUCGCAGCUGUCGCCGUUGUUUCCACCUGCAGAGGACAUGGACAUGGACUCCUCUCAUUUCUCAUAG